AUGCGGGCUUGCAGGUUGUGGUCUCUGGCAUGGCCGCUGUCUGGCAUGGAAGUGAUGACGUUUGCCAAGGAGCUCAUCAUUACUGCGUUUGUUGGUCAUCUGGGGCCCGUGGAGCUGUCGUCGUUAGUGCUAUCCCAGACGCUGUACAACGUCAGCGGGAAUGCGCCCAUGCUUGGUGUUGUGACAGCUAUGGAAACGUUCUGCGGGCAAGCCUAUGGCGCAAAGAAAUACGCAACGGUGGGGAUCGUUACACAACGUGCGCUGGUUAUCACCACUAUUUUCAAUUUACUAUGCAUUGCGAUGUGGGGAAAAGCGGAGUCCCUCAUGCUGGCAAUGGGCCAAGAUCCACACAUCGCUAAAGCGGCGGGGCGCUUCACCAUGCUGCUGAGCCCGUGCCUGGUGCUGGACGGCUUUGAGCAGUGUCUGCGCCGAUACCUUGCAUCUCAGUCUGUCGUGCAACCACUGAUGUACGUCACUUUCAUCGCGACACUCCUCACGCCGCUGUACCUCUGGUACUUCAUCUUCAGGUGUGCUUGGGGAUUUGAUGGCGCGGCAGUGGCAUGGGCGUGCGUACAGGCGAGCUCCUGCCUGGGCUUGCUGCUGUUCACACUCUACCACACUUACGGCCAGGAGCCAUCCAAACGGACCUGGACGGGGUGGAGCCGGGAGUGCUUGUCGGAAUGGCCGCUGUACAUCCGAGUUGCUAUUCCGUCAGCGGUCAUGAUCUGCCUUGACUGGUGGACUUUUGAGAUUAUAGUAAUGCUCUCUGGGUUGCUGCCACGGCCAGAGAUGACCAUGUCCAUGAUGGGUAUUACCUUCAACAUCCACGCGCUGUGCUUCUUUGCGGCUCAUGGCCUUAGCGGGGCUGUCAGCACGCGGGUCGGUAAUGAGCUAGGUGCCAGUCGGCCUCGGCAAGCGUGGCUCAAUACGCAGGUUUCGGUGCUCAUGGGGACCGUCAUUAUGAUUAUCUGCGCCGGCAUGUUGCUCAUGUUCCGAGAUCAGCUCGGAGCAUUGUUUGCGGGUGACCGUGAGGUGGUACUGCUCACAAGUCAGGCGGUGCCCACUCUGGCAAUUUCGCUUAUAGGCGAGGGCGCCAACACGGUCUUGGCCGGUGUGUUGCGCGGCUGCGGGCGUCAGAAGAUCGGCGCCCAAAUCAACCUGUUCAUGUACUGGGGUCUGGGGCUGCCGUUUGCGUGCUUACUGGCCUUCCGAUUGGGUCUCGGGGCCAUGGGCUUGUGGACGGGUUUGGCUUGCACUGCCUCGCUACAGUCGCUUAUCUUGUCUUGGAUAGUGUUCAAGUUUGACUGGAAUGCCGAGGCGCAACGUGCGAAAGCCCUCAUAGCGGCGGGCGAGCUGGAGAUUGAGCUCGAGGAAGAAGUGGAGCUGAUGGCGAGCAGCGGGCGGCUGGGGACUGAAAGCCUCUUGGAUGCUUCACCGAUCAAGCCGACCACGCUCACACUCUGA